AUUCUAUCCCUUCUGUUAUUUAUAGGCUUGGCUGGAUUACGACUCAUUAAAGUUUCUAUACCCAGUUAUAAAAUGCGUGGUGAAUCAACAUUUAUGGAAUGCCAAUAUGAAUUGAAUAGAUCGAAAAGUCUUUAUGGCGGAUUACAUCGAAAUCGAAAUCAUCACAGUCAUGGCCAAUAUCAGCAACAGCGUCAUCAGUAUCGGCAGUAUGGUGGCGGCCAUACAGGAGGCAGUAUACAUUAUGAUGAUAACGAUGAUAUGCCACAAUAUAGACGUACCCAUACAUAUCCCCAGCAAACGUAUAAGCAACAGAGACAGCAGCAGCAACAACAGCAACAGUAUCAAUAUCAACACAGGCAACCUUAUUUCCAAGCACAAAUCCAGACACAUAAAGCUCUGUGGCAGGAUAUGAACAACAUUAGAAGUAGAAGUAGUAAUGGCGCAACUUCUUACCACCAGCCACACUUGCAGUAUCCAUUUUUGCCACAAAAACAAAAACGUCAAUACAAUCCAGAAUAUCCAACACUACCGCCCUCACCAUAUGGCCACAGUGUAUAUCGAGGGAGAUCUCAAAUGUCCUCCAAUUCAUAUUCGCCGUCGUUAUCAUCCUCCUCACAGUCUUCCCCCUCUAUAAUAUCGUCGUCGUCAUCCUCCUCCGGUAGCCAUACCAGCAAUUAUGGUGGUCGUGUUGGAGCCAGCACUUACACAGGUAGAUCGUCGUCAUCAUCCUCGUCGUCGUACCCUGGUAACCCCAGUUCAGGUGUUUUCGGCAGUAGUGGUAGUUAUGGACAUCACGAUGAUAACUUUGCCGAUAGUAAUGAACGUAAAGAACACAUUGGCGACGACGACGACAACUCCCACGAAGAGGAUGAGUUCGAUAACGAGGCAGACAGCGACGCCGACGAGGAUGAGGAGCACGACGAGGAGGAGGGCGAGGAUUUGUAUGCCAUUAAAUGGUACAAGGAUAAUGAAGAAUUCUAUCGUUUUGUGCCAAAAGCGAAUCCACCAAAAACGAGUUACAGAGUUGAUGGCGUACGAGUUAUUGAAGAACAUUCAGACAGCUCAAGAGUCCUCUUAAGAGGUCUAACAAUUAAUUCAACCGGAUUGUAUCGUUGUGAAAUAUCAGCGGAGGCACCCAGUUUUGCCUCUGUACAGGGUGAAGGACAAAUGGAUGUUGUGUAUUUGCCACGUGAUGGACCGCACAUAAAAGGCCAACAAUUUCAAUAUCAAAUUGGUGAAAUAUUAAAUUUAAAUUGCUCAUCGGGAAAAUCACAUCCAGCAUCACAUUUACAAUGGUUCAUCAAUGACCAGCCG